AUGGGGGUGUUGGAGGUGGAGCACGCCGUAGAGAUAGAGAAGAGAUAUAAACACGACCCCGCCCGGCACGCAUCGAUCCACCACAUCACACAGUUCGCCACCCCUCCCUGCAUCUCUCUUCCACACCUCGCCGCAAGCAUGACGGCGAAAGUGGCCGGCUGCCGGAAGCGCGGGGCGGAGGCCUUCAUGGAGGACCCCUUCGCGGCGCUCCCGCCGCUGAACGCGAAGAGGGGGCGAUGCUCGCCGUCCGCCGCCGCCGACGUGGCGGAGCUCGGGGUCAGCAUGGACUUCGACCCCGUCGACGCGCUCCAGCUCAUCUUCCCCGGCGCCGACCCGCAGCUUCUUCGAGGCUAUUUCGAAGCGUCGGGAAAUGUCUUGGAUGCUGCAAUCAGAGGCUUCAAGGAUUAUUUGGCGUCGGGUUCAGCACCGACCAAUGCUCAUGCGGCCUCAUCUGGCGUGGCAUCUGAUGUCCCGGUGAUGAAGAUGAAUAAUCUGAGAAACGGCACUGAAUGGGCGGAGCUAAUUGUCAAGGAGAUGUCAGCUGCUUCAGAUUUGAUCGACGCCAAGAAUCGAGCCUUCAGGAUACUUGAAUUGUUCGACAAAUCUGCCGCAGACUGCAAUACUCCUGAUGAAAAGCAGAAAAUGCGUGAGGAGCACAAGAUACUGAAGCAGAUGCUGGGAGGCCUGCUACACCAGAACGGCGUCCUGAAGAGGGCCUUUCUUAUCCAGCACAACCGGCUCAAGGACUACCAGGACAUGGUGCAGGAGCGGUCCCAGUUCAAGGAGAUCGUCGACAAGUACCAGCAGCAGAUCAAGGCGCUAGAGGAUAGGAACUAUGUGCUGUCGUUGCAUCUCGCGCAGUCGGAUCAUCGGAGUGGCAUAUCUGGGCACCGCAACCCCGACAUCUUCUAGGCGUCUACUGCAUCCUGCUGGAUUCGGAUGCGAGACCCUGAAGCUGUGAUUGUUGAAGAAAUCAUGAAUACAAGAAAACAUCUUUGUGUAGUUAUGUUGACACAAUAUAUACGUGUGGUGCGAUCGUUUCGAA